AUGCAGUUCUCUACCUUCAUCGGUCUCGCCCUUGGAACCAGCGCCAGCUUGGUGGCCGCUGACUUUCCUAAGGCCAACGAGUAUACGACCCACGACUGCUCCGGUGAUCUCAACUACGGACACCACACGUUCGAUCUGCACGAGAUCACGAUGGACGAUACGACCCACUCGGUCUACCAGGCCGGAACGAGUUGGUAUUUCUUCAGCGGCAAGAGCGAGAACGGCGGGUAUUGCGAGGGCAAGUUCCUCGGCAAGACCAAAAGCGACACGCCGGCUUGCCUUGACCUCGAUAAUACGGUGGCGGGCGAGCGUAUUAGGUGCAUGUGCAACCCUCUCAUCGGCUUGGGCAACGGCGGGAUGAACUCGUGCGAUGACUUUGCGACUGAAUAG